CCCUCACAAACCUCAGCCCAACCUCGAUGCAUUCCCCUAUCUCGAGUAUCCCGACAACCACCCUACCAGCCCCUUUCAUAGCCCCCCUCACCUUCCCGACCAAGCCUUCUUCCCAGCCCCUUCCCCAGUUGCUCUAGCCCCUUUCUCCCUAAGGCAAAAAUUUCAUAUCUGUGAAAAAAUGAGAUCAGCGACGAAUUUGUUUAGUCCAAAGGCGGAUUUGUUCUGUCCCAAGGUGGUCGACAGAUUUGACCCAGUCACGAAACUAGUCGUGGACCACCUGAUUUUCUCCUGUUGCAUUGAUGAAGCUUGAAGACGAAGUUUCUGUUACCGCCAAAUUAGAAGCUCGUCAUCGAAUUUGUGCACAAGCUUGCUGCUAGUUUUGAUUCGGCGAGAGAAGGAGAAGAAUCCUUCGUCAGUGCGUUGCUCAAUGGUGGUUGUGGCGGCAUAGGUGUUGUGUGUUGGCUGGAGAUUGGAUGGCUUGGAGCAGGGAAGAAGAUAGAAGAUCUGUAGAUAUGUGUGAGGGAGGCAGAUGGAGCACACGUGCAAGCUGCGUAGAUUUUGAUCGGGGGAGAAACAUUGGUCACUGUUUUGUAAACUUUAAAAGAAAUCAUAUUUAUGUCUAUUAAAACCUUAUAGGUUAUAUUUAUGUCUAUUAAAACCUUAUAGAUUUUUGAGAUGGAUUUUUGUUAAAUUAAUAAAUUUUGUAUGUUAAUUAUUUUAAUAUUGUGUGCUCAUUAUUA